UGUUGAUCUUUAGCCAUCGAGUGAGUGGGACGUCUUUUGUCCUCACAUGAAUUUUUGUGUUGCGUCAUGCAAUUUGUUAAGGAUAAAGAGAAAGCUAAACGUGGAUAAAGAGAAAGUUGAACUAGAAUAUCACAGAAUAUAGAGAAACUUAUAAAGGAUUUAGAUAAACCUGUGUUAUAUAACCCUAGGGUUGAAGACACAUAGUCGGAAUUAAUCCGACAUCCUCCAACCGGAGGAAAAGAGAAGAAAAAAAAAAAGUCUUAUCCGAUAAUAAAGAUUUAGAAAUUUGUGUCAUACAGUUUGAAAGAACAGAAGGCACGGUAAAAGUUAUUAACGGAAACGAACAGGAAGAAAAGAAAAAACAUCUGAUCCUUGAUAUUUGACUUGGAAAAAUCGUUGAAAUAUGGAACAUUGGUAGUUUUCGCAAGUUUGGAAAAUUGAAAUAGGAAAAGGAAGAAAAAGAAAAAAGAAAGCUAAAAUAAAGGAUUACAUUCACGAUUCGCGACUUACGAUUUACGAUUUACGAUUUACGAUUUACGAUUUACGAAGAAAAUGGGCAAGCUAGCACCUCGUUUGGGAAGUAGAAAGAAGGCGAAGCGAUGGGCAAAGGGUCAAAGUUCCAGUUCCAAUCCGAUGACAACCAAGCAUCGUGAGCAAGCCACUGGCAUGUUUUUUAAGGAUUUUUCAAGCACGCCAGGUGGUAUUACAAAGGAGGACUUACAGAGACACGAUGCCAUCCAAGGUAUCGAACCGCAUUUCGCCAAACUCGACAUAGAUGAGGAUCAGCUUAAGAGCACCAUAGACGGGACGGUGAAUACAUACGAGACGUUUGCUACCAAUUAUAGCAAUUGCUCUAAUAUUUCUUUUGGCAGAUUCCUCAGUCACUUUCAAUCGAAUUCGAUCGUACAUAAAGAGAUGUUGGCAGUGCUGGCGGCUGUCACAGAGAUCAUCAAGCAGAACGGUGGCAAUGAAAGCUCGACUGAAUAUUUUGCUGCAUUAAUGAGUACUUUGGAGGCGGUGGAAGAAGAUACAUCCGUGGCUGCUACGCUGUCUCUGUUAGGAAUGUGUCUGAGAACGGUACCCAGAAACGUAUUGAUUUUACAAUUUGGAGCGACAAGUCAGACUCUCUUUCGGCUUCUAUUAAAAUACAUCAUCAGUGAGAACCAUUUGAUUUUGCGGCAUUGUCUAGGCUGUCUCUCACUGUUAUUUCAAGCGCAAGAGGAUGCCGUUUGGGAGAAUCCUUCGACGAUGCAGGUACUGAAUGCUAUAUUAUCAUGUAUCACUCACGCCAAGCCUAAGGUACGCAAAUCUGCCCAACGUGGGAUAUGUGUCAUUCUCAAGAGCAGCGACACGAUGAAGAGCGAGAAACCGUCAACUCAUCAUCCGGCUGCGGGACAAGUUGCGAUGCAUUGCAUCGCCCAAUUCGACGCCGCUUGUAAACCAGGAUCAUCUCUAGGGGUAACCACUAUUUUGCAUAUUCUUACAUUGCUGAAAGACAUAAUGUCACAAUUGCCAAAGUCGCAUGUAAAGACUAUCUGCGAACGUAUACUGAGUAUCAUGACGUUAAAGAACGCCGUGAUAACAUCGUGCUGUCUGCAAACGCUGCAUGGAUUAUUUGUUACGAAGCCAUCAGAGACAACAUUGCCUUUCCAAAUAAACGCGAAUAUCAUUAAGGCACUUUAUGAUUAUCAACCCUCUGCAAACGAUACACAGCCAACGUUGGCAUGGUUGACGGUCAUGCAGGAGGCUCACUGCAACCUGGUAUGCCUAGCAGGCCAAGCGUCGAGACAGUCGAGCUCGGCUUUCGACGUCUUUUCGACAUUGGACUGUGUGUUACCAGAAAUGUUCAACAGGUGCAUCGAGCUCUGGCUUUCCGACAAAACGGAAGUCGUCGCUGGAGUAUCGCACACCAUUAAAACCAUUCUUCAGGAAUGCGUGGGUUCUCUUUGCGAGAACGAGGAGCGAGCGAUCGGCAAGUACGAGUCGACCUUGAGGCGUAUCAUUGAGAUAAUGCACAAGACAUUGAGUUAUCAGUACCUUAGAGCUUGGCGCCACGUUCUUCAUCUAACGGCUAUCCUCUUCCAAGUGAUUGGCAAGCUCAAACUCCAGGAACUCGCAGGCAUCGUCAAGACUCUGGGAAAUUUGCGAGAUUUCCACGACUUUGCAUACAACUGUGAGGCGGAGUACGCGAUUGGAGCAGCGAUUAGAGCUAUGGGGCCGCAAACCGUCUUGAGCAUUCUCCCCCUUCAAACCGACGAUGGAAAAAUGAUAAAUCUCAGACGGAGUUGGAUGAUACCGCUGCUAAAGGACUGUAUAACGGGCGGCACUAUUGCCUUCUUUAAGGAUACUUUACUGCCAAUCGCUCGGCGAUGCGAGGAGAUGACCAAGGGCUCUUUCGUAGACAGCAAGACGUACGAAUGUUUGAUAACACAACUCUGGUCCGUCUUACCGAGCAUAUGUAACAAUGCUAGUGAUGUGAAGGAUAAUUUCAAGCAUCUUGCCAAGUUGUUGGGUAUGGCUAUUAGCGACCGAAAAGAUCUGAGGCUAUCGGCGAUGGCAGCUCUGCGAAAACUGAUCACCAAGGCAAGGCAGAAUAACAACACCGACGACAUCGUUGAACUCGCUCGCUUCGCUAAGAAUUAUCUGCCGAUUCUGUUCAAUCUGUAUACAAUCAAGCCGAGCGGCACGGAUGAGGAGGGAGUGCGACUUGCCGCAUUCGACACGAUCAAGAUUUACCUGAUGAUCACGAAUAUCGAUUUGGCGAACGAGCUGUUUGAUCGAGCGCUGAGCAAGCUCGCGGAGCCGAACGUGACGGACUUCUUCAAGGAAAGCGCCUAUGAUCUGACGAGAGCGCUGAUCGGCUAUACGGACAUCGAUAGAUUGACCAAAUACUAUGAUGAUGCGUGCGUGCCAUUUCUUAAAGACGAUGCUAAGCAAAAGGAGCAAAAGAAAGCUUAUCGCUUUCUCGAGGAGAUAUGUAAUAACAAGACGGAGAUUUGCGAGCAAUUCUUGCUCGAGCAUCGACGCCAGAUUCAAAAGACGUUGAUUUCAUCAGCGACUAGCGUGAUUAAAACGAGUAGAGGAGCGCGUCUGCGAUGUUUGGUGCAUCUCGUCCGAAUACAUCCGCAGCUCGAGGGGACCAAGUUCUUGGAAGCCAUAGUGCCAGAAGCUGUGCUCUGCGUCAAAGACAUCAACGAGAGAUGUCGUGACGCGGCGUAUCAAUUACUCAACGUGAUCGCCGAGAGGUUUCUAGAUAAUCCGGAGCGUCUCAAGGAUUACGCCGACAUGCUAAUGAUUGGCUUAGGCGGUGAGCAAGCAUACGUUAGCGCCAGCCUUCUCGCUCUGGCGUCCAUCACUUAUCAUCACAAUGACUCUCUGGGCACUGAAAUUGUCGGAGAGAUCUUGGAACAUGCCUGCACCAUUCUGACGAGUCCCACGAGAGAGAUAGUUGAGUCCGCCUUGUCCUAUGUUAAGGUGUAUAUCACGGUGACACCGUCCGCCAUGAUAGCACCGGCAUUGCCAAGGAUAGUCGAUGCUCUAUCGCGGAUGAGCGAAGAUUGUAAGCGUCACUUUCGUCAAAAGGUGCGAGACAUCUUCACCAAAUUGAUCAGGAAGUAUGGCAUAGGAUUGAUAUCGAGUAUGAUACCGGCCUCGGACACGAUUCUGCACAAGAGACUGAAGAACAUUAAUAAGGUGAUGGACAUGAAAAGAAAGAGACGGGAGCUCGAGCGAGCCAAGAGACUGGAGAUGAGCAGCGACGAGGAUUUUGAUGCCAAGAGGAAACCCAAAAGCAUAGAAGAAAUAUUGGCCGACAGCGAUGAGGAAUUUCAAGUUACGGAGAACGAAGAAGCAAAGAGGAAUAAGAGGAAACCUUCAAGGAAGGACUUGGCUUGGAUUCAAGAGAGUGAAGAUAAUAUAGUCGAUCUUGCAGAUCCCGUAGCUGCUAAAAAUAUUACAACAACGCAACCGGGUGUAUCAAAUCCAAAGAUUCCAGAAAAGAAAGUGAAGGAUUAUGGCUUCAAGACUACACCUGAUGGUCGUCUCAUUAUUAGGGACGAUAAUGAUAAGGACAGCGAUGCGGGAGAAGGGAAUAAGAAGAAGAGAAAAGCUUCUUUCCUCCGGAGUGAUUCAGAAGACGAUUACGAAGACCAAGAUGACGUAUCAGUAGUAACGGCAAAAAGUAUUGGCAAUAAACGUAAACGCAACGAGAAUAUGUCAGACAUGAUGAGCUUAAAGAGUCAGUCCACGUCGAAAUAUCGAGUUGGCGGAUCAGGUAUUCAUCGAUUGUUAAAAGCGAGGAAAGUAGACUACGAACCUGGUUCGGAAUAUCGCGCGACAAAGGCACGAGGAGAUAUUAAGAGGAAGGGUAGACCAGAUCCCUAUGCAUACGUACCUUUAACAAGAUCCAUGUUGAAUAAAAGAAAGAGGAAGAAAAAUGCAGGUAAAUUCCAGAGUAUAGUCUCCGGAACGAGAAAAGGCGCUCGUAUAGGUAUGCGGAAUAAACGAAAAAAAGGUUAAACAAAUAACAGUUCUACUCAUUGAUCAUGUUGUCUAAUGACGCACACCGUAUCAUAAGUUUAUCUGUAAAAAUUCUAUUCUCAAAUAUAUUUAUCUUUAAUUAAA